AUGAGUGACACUUCUUCCAACAGACACCUUAAGAGAAAAUCCCCAGAUGCUCUACCUUCACAGCAUCUACCCAAAUCCUCCAAAGUGAUCAUGCUGAACCCGUCUGUUCUCCUCCUGGAAAUCCCUGCUGACACCAACACCAGCCUCCCCGUGUGGGAUGCCAUUAGAUCUGAGCAGGUUGACAUUUCCUGGACUGUCAACCCCUACGAAAUCAGCGUUCAUUUUACCCCCGUUCCUUCUAAGCAAGCUGGGACCAGUCUUCAAAGUACUUCUAUUAAUUCACAAAUUCCUGGAUCUUCUUCCAGCAUCCCACAGCCUCACAUGAUCAUCCAGUCAAUUGCCAACACCUCUCUCUUGAUGUUCACCAUGUCCCAAAAUGGCAAUAAGCCACUUCCGAGCAUCUCAGGCGAGCCGCAAGUGAUGGCUCAAUCCCAAACUCCAACCACCUCAUUCAUCGUCUCUCUGCCUUUCAUCAUCAGUCAGUCCCAGGUUCCAGCCCAGCCAAAGACAGACAUUUUACCCAUUACUCAGGCACCAACAUCGGGCCCAACAAAGCUGCAGGAUCCCCGCAGUGCCCAUCAGUACCACACAAGGGCCAGCUCUCAUGUCAGCAUCUGCAACAAUUUCCUCUUGAAUAUGUGUCGCGCGGGGAAAAGGUGCAAGAUGCACCACACUCCGUUCCCUUUUCACUGGCAGUUUCGGAGUGUGUCUGACUUCAAGUGGGUUGACAUCCCUCAUCAGUCACAGAUUCUGCUGGAAAAGGUCUACUGUAAUGUCUACCAAGAGGACGUGAAUAUCAAGUAUGGGGCUGCCCGCUACUAUAUGGACUUCGACACAAUGGAGCUUCAUGCCGUUUCGACAUAUAAUGGCAUUCGACGGUUGGCGACCACUGGUGAUCCUCUGAAGAGCCCUCACUUCGCCACCAUUUUAAAAGUGUACUGGUGGAACAACUUCUGCUGGGAAGAGUAUCAUGAGGAAGUGCAGAAGUUGCUUCGAGAGAAGAUUGGGAAGGAGAGUGAGUGCAGCCUCUAUAUUGGCAAACAAGAGUACAAAGUUGACUUCAUGACUAUGACCCAGACCAAUGUGUCCAGUGGGUACACUAGGGCCAUUCGCUGGAGACCCUUGUUCCGCUCCCUUGACUCCAUGGAGCCUCACCUGAAAACUGGAGUCCAGAUUGAAUCUACCCAACCUAUCGGUGAGCCUCCAGCGUCCAACUUCAGCAUCGACCCUUUCGAGGAGUUCAGUUCCUGGUACCCUCCAGUCUGGUUGAUGCCCUCAGAGGAAGACUACAGCCUGGUGGAAGUUCCGGCGGGCACGCGGGUCUAUUGUAGUGUCCGUGAUCUCUUCCAUGCAACCUUGUGUGAGAGCAUCACGGACAUCAUAAGCAUCCACCAGGUCCAAAACCUGCUGCAUUGGGACAAGUAUCAAAGGUACAAGACCUACAUGGAGAAACAGCACACCCAGUCUACGGAGCCACUGGAGCGACACCUAUUCCACGGGACAACAAUGGAGGCUGCAGAAGACAUCUGCCACAACAACUUUGACCCUCGCAUGGCCGGCGCCAAUGGCUCGGCCUAUGGUUACGGCUCCUACUUCUCCACGACCGCCUACAUCUCCAACCGGUACUCAACCAAGAGGGGAUGCGGCACUUCUUGCAUGUUUUUGGCUAAAGUUCUGGUCGGGAAGGUGUGUCUGGGACAGGACAAGUACCACCGUCCCCCACCGCUCGCCGGUAACGCACAGCAGUACCGUCUCUACGACAGCUGUGUCAAUAACUUGUGCAAUCCCGCCAUUUUUGUAGUUUUUCAGAGCUGUCAGUGCUACCCAUACUACCUGAUCAGGUACAAAGGCGUGCCCAACCAAAUUACUAUUUAGGAAGAGGCUCGGAAAAGAUGAUGGUCGUGGGUGGGAUUAGUUGGCAGUUAAAAGUUUUCAAGGUGUUGAGUUGGUUGAACAAUUACGGCGUAGUCAGUUGCAGAAAAAUUAUACAUUCAACUUCUUACAUAAAGUAUAAAUUAUGUGCGUUCAAGUUCUAGUUGACCAAGAAGAUGCAAAGAUAAUGAAGGUGAA